UUAUCUCUAUCUUCUUCUCUCUUCUCUCGUAUCUCAGUGAGUAAUGCAUCGUCCUGAUCCAGGAUCCGUCCGCGGACUGUAAUUCAAUUUUUUCAUGUUAUCAAAUAUCAUUCGACCGUAGCGAUUGGGACUCAACUCGUCAAGUGUGUAGCCCCUGGCCAAAAGACACAGCGUAUUCCCCGAAUUUCUGACUCUGAUACGGUUGGGUAUUCUGACGUGAGCGAAAUUAUUUAACGUCUCAUCGAUGCCGUUUGUCGAACAGCAGCUUGCUCCCUCGCCGUAACUCGAUCGCGAGGCUCACCGCUCGAAUAAUUCAAUAUUAUCGUAGUAUGAAAUUUCGCUUAAGCGCAGCGGGGCUUUCAGAGCGCAGUAUCGGCUGUGCCCUGUCCAACAGCAGCGUUAUCCACAUUGAGAGAGAGGUAGCAAUGGUUGAUCUAACUGAUAUUACACUUAUUUAUGGCCCCAACUAUAUCUUCUGUCUGUUCUAACACAAAAAUGGUAGUAGUAAUAUGCAUAUAAGAUUAUUAUUAUUAUAAUGGAAUUCGAUAAAAAGAUUGUUUUCUUGACCAUAAUUCGUAGUGAUCAUUUUUCUACUUUUUAUUAUAGUCGAAAAUAUGAGACAUUUUUUUUCUCAGUGCAAGCUCCCGUCCGACGUGAUUACGUUACGCUUUUGACAUUAAAACGAUUUAAUGUUUCACUGAUAAAUUUCCGUCCGGACUCUACCCUCUUCUUUUCGCUGCUGCGCAAUAACGGCAAGGCGCUCAUCUCUAAAAUACUCGAGCACUUCACCAUAAUAAAAUUUGCUGAACUCUUAAACUCUUAAACUAGCUUAAAAGACCAAAGAGAUAUUCAAUUGGAUAUCUUUGCCGGAUAUUUACUCGCACAUUUUUGCCGUUCUUUCAAGUACGCGAGUCGCGAAACUCCAUUAAUCAAUUUACAGUAACGUGUAUUUACGCGCAGAGAAAACGUUGGAGAUAUCACUCGGUAAAAUAUGGUUGCUCCAAUAAAAUAUCAUUCAUUUUUCCCUCAUGCAUACAAAAAGAUUGCAGAAAUAUUAUAGUACUCCGAAAGUAAUAUUGGUUUCCUUUUUGUUAUCUUGAUUAUGCAACUAUACUGCUAAAUAUUUCGCAACUAAAUAUUUCUGGUUAUAUGCACUAUUUUUCUUUAUGUGGAUCUCUCAACCAUUCGUUCUGCAAACUAUAGACAGAUACGAUAGAGAGACGGCAAUAUUCUUUCCGUUCGGGCAACUAUAUAUGAGGGGAUACACUAAUUGAACAUUAAAUAUCAUCAAACUUAGAUCAGAAGAGCCAAUAAGAGCUCACACAAGAUGUCGAUUGCAAAACACACUCCGCAAAUGAAUUAAGAAAUAGGGCACUAAAUACUCCGAAAAAUCAACAAAUAGUCUCAAGUGGAUUCAAAUGAAUCAUUCGUGAAUUUUCCGGGCCGUUCAAUGCUCUAUUUCUUGGUUCAUUUGUGGAUACAGUGUGUUCCAUAAUCGAUCUUAUGUAGGCUGUUAUUGAUUUUUCUGAUUUAAGUUUGUGCAUCUGUGAGGGGCCGAACUUAUUCUUUACUAUUACUUAUUCUUUAUUACGCACCAUAAGAAUCGUGACUGUCAAAGUUGUAUAGAUAGGUAUGCAGUUCAUAAUGUACUUAACGUGAUUUCAUAUAAAUUUCAUCUCAAACUAUAGAGAAUGCGGUUGCAGAAACUAUAACAGUUUUCUCCGUGCGGUAAUCUACUUCGCGGUUGAAGAGCUCUUACAUGGGCCUGCACGGCGCGAUAUUUCGAUUCGAGAGUUAAUCGUGGUAAUUCGAGACAUCAACCGCUCUCUCUCCCCUUGACGUACUUCCUCGCCGCUCCUGUCGCGUUUCGAUUUGAAAUCCGAACGACCUAAUAUCCUGGUACCGAGCUCUGCGUCUCCGUUCUCUUGCCCCAUAUCUAGCCACCUAUCUAUCUCUCUAGCUGUCUGCCUAUUUAUCCAGCCAUUUCCCUGAUGAUUGGUCGACGAGACGCGAUGCUCCGUUGGAUGCGCCAACAGCUGCGGAGAGAGCAGACACCGCUCGCGGUCGAAAGACGCGAACGAGAGACGGCCGUAAGAGUGACAGCCGAGAGGGAAACGCGGAGGACGAGACGCGAUGGUCGCACACACACGCUCAGAGAGCAUGCUCGCGGCAGCGGGUGAGCACGACGACGCACUGCUCCUCGCCUGGGUUCGCAAGGGGGCAGCUCGCCGGCGCUCUCUCAGUCCGACAGCACACGCGACCUCGCGCGGUUCACACGCGACCCCGCGUCGCUGCCUCUGGUGCUCGGUGUCGUAUCGUGGUACCUUCGUCCUAGUUGUCCCCCUGUACCUGAGUCGCCCUGAGCUGCUGUUCACGUCUCGUUCACCGUCGUCCCCGUCCCCGCUCCUACCCCCCAUCCCCCGUCCCCCGUCACCCUCCGCUUCCGCGUGCACCCCCGCGUCUUUUCCGCGAUUCACCGGAAGUCAUACCUCUAUCGCGAAUUUGUCAGUAAGAACUCUUGCGGGCAAAUUCGCAUCGCGCUGCACCGCCGCGUUGUACGAUACAAGUCCGCUCGUUGUCAAGCGGCUUCUUCCGCUUCCGGCUUGCGAUUACUUCGGUGAGUUCUCUCCCGCCGGCGAAGCGGAGAAUGCGGAAGGAAACGCGAGGCUAACUGACGUGGGUGCGCAGCCGGCCCGCAGUGCCUCUUCAGUAGUGCUUCCCUCAGUGAGUUCCCGCAGCGAGUGUACGUGCGGUGCAAGUGCGAGACCGGAAGGCUUUGUCACAGAGCGAGAUUCCUCGAGUUUUCGCGCUGGCCGUCUCUUGAACGGCGGCAAAAUCGCGUAGGUGGAGCGUCAUGCAACCGAGAAAGAAAAAGUGCCGGGAACGGCGCGCCUCGAUCUGACGACGAAGAGGAGGAUCCGGUGCGGGACCGCCAGCUCGACCCGCUUCUCGAGGCCCUCCUCGGGGAGCCUCGACUAUUCGGACGCUUCGUUUCGCGAAACAUCGCGCGGACGACUCCGCUCCCGGCGGAUCGACCGCGCCUCCGAAUGAUUCUCUGACAACUUCCGUCGCGUUCUUCGCCGCGAGGAGCCCGUUUCAUCCUCCUCGCCGCGAUUCCGCCCGAGAAGUCUCGUCGCCGUGAACUCGCGUGAACCGGCGAGACCCCCGAAGAUGGACGAAGACGAUGCGGAGGACGUGCAGACGGCGGCGGUCAGCACGAGGAUUACCGCCUCGACGAGAUUCACCUCCAGCAGCAGGAAGCUAACCCUGCGGGCGCAGGAGUCCGCGGAGGACUCCGACACGAUGGAGUGCGCGUCCGAGAACGAAGUGGAGAACCUGCCGAAGGAUGAGGACGCGUCGCAGUUGACGAGGAUACGCGAGAAGAUGUCGCGGAAGAGCGGCGGUUACUCCUUAGACGUUCCCGACGACGAGUCCAUAUUGCUGCGCAGGAGGACGGCCACGUCGACGAUGACGACGUUGUCGUCGUCCCUGCGCGUCAACGACGACUCGACGAGGUACUCGAGCUCGCGACUGGGUUUCUUCAUGGCCACGAGUCGCAGCCCGCAGUCUAGCUCGAGCCAAGAGGAAUACGAGCCCGAGGUGAAGAGCAUCUCCAGGCUGCAAAUACAGCAGCAACGCCAACAACAGCACCUGUUGACAGCUGGUGUGGCUGGCCAAGUAACCGCACGGUCGAUGGAGAGCCUGCGGUCGUCGCGGAACUUCCUCAGCGCCGACGACCGCUACAGCGAGGAUUCCAAAUCCAUGGAGUCGCUGUCCUCGUCGUCGGAGACGCACGUGGGCUCCGGCAGAAGUCACCACCGGAGUUUUCUCACGUCGUCGACCAGGGACGUACGCAGGAUCGUAACGGUCGAGUCGAGGAGCAGCGAGAACCUGCAUCGCGAGGAGAGUAUGAAUGCCGAGGUAAGACGCGGCUUGUUCGCCAACAUGGGCCUCGAAAGGAAGAUACCGCAACACCUCAGCUUGCCGCCGCCGUCCAACGUGUUCUCGUUAACCAGUCCCGGUGGCAGCGACCGCAAGAUCACGAUCCUGAGCCCACACUCGCCGCUGCAGUCGUCCGAGUUCCAAUUCGCCGCGCAGACGCUCAAGAGCAGGCGCAAGAAGGCCAUCGUAUUGCCGAGGUUGGUGUUGCCCCGAAGCGAAUCCGAGGUCUUUCUAGACUUCGACGUGGAGAAUGGCGCCUCGACUUUGGACGGCGGCGCCGGGGGUGGAGGCGGCGCCUCGCCGAGCGCUGGGCUCGUUCUCCAAACGCUACCCCAGCGAAGGGAGAGCUUCCUAUACCGAAGUGACAGCGAUUUCGAGAUGUCGCCGAAGUCGAUGUCUCGGAACAGCUCCAUCGCCAGUGAAAGGUUCAAAGAGACAGAGCUUCCUGUCGAGCGAGCGAUAUUUACCGAUCAGUACAGCCAUGGCGAGGACCUCAUCGUUACACCCUUCGCACAGAUUCUUGCUUCUCUGCGCUCGGUCAGGAACAAUUUCCUGUCGCUCACGAAUGUGCCGACGAACAAGUCGCGAAGGAGUAGCGGCCAACAGGGCAGCAGUACGCCACAGCCGCGGAUUUUGGCGCCAGGAGAGGAGCCCUUCAUGAAGCUGGCUGUGGAAACAAUAGAAGAGCUAGACUGGUGCUUGGAUCAGUUGGAGACCAUUCAGACGCAUCGAUCCGUGUCCGACAUGGCAUCUCUGAAGUUCAAGAGAAUGCUGAACAAGGAACUGUCGCACUUCUCGGAGUCGUCGAAAUCCGGGAACCAGAUUUCGGAAUACAUCUGCAGCACAUUUCUCGACAAGCAGCAGGAGUUGGAUCUGCCGUCUCUGCGAAUCGAGGAUGCGGUCGCCGCGGCAGGUAGCGCGGACGCACGGGCGGCGAAGAAGAAGGACCGUGCACAAAGGGGCCCCGCCGCGAUGUCACACAUCAGCGGUGUGAAACGGCCGUUGACACACACGAAUAGCUUCACCGGGGAACGCGUGCCGCUUCACGGGGUGGAAACGCCGCACGAGGAGCAGCUCGGCAAGCUGCUGUCGGACAUCGACAAAUGGGGUAUUGACAUCUUCAGGAUAGGUGAGCUCAGUAACAAUCGACCUCUUACCUGUGUGGCGUAUACGGCCUUCCAGAGCCGAGAUCUGCUCAAGUCGCUAGCGAUACCACCGAAGACCUUCGUCACCUUCAUGAUGACCCUAGAGGAUCAUUACGUGAAGGACAACCCCUUCCACAACAGCCUCCAUGCGGCCGAUGUGACCCAGUCCACUCAUACACUGCUCAACACGCCCGCGCUCGAGUCCGUGUUCACGCCGUUGGAGAUCACCGCUGCACUGUUUGCGGCCACCAUCCAUGAUGUAGACCAUCCAGGACUCACGAAUCAGUUCCUCAUUAAUUCAAGUUCCGAGCUCGCGCUGAUGUAUAACGACGAGUCCGUGCUGGAGAACCAUCACUUGGCGGUUGCGUUUAAACUCCUUCAAAACGAGGGCUGCGACAUAUUCGUGAACAUGACGAAGAAGCAGCGGCAGACGUUGCGGAAGAUGGUGAUCGACAUGGUUCUCUCGACGGACAUGUCCAAGCACAUGUCGUUGUUGGCUGAUCUCAAGACCAUGGUGGAGACGAAGAAGGUCGCCGGGUCCGGCGUGCUGCUGCUCGAUAAUUACACCGAUCGUAUUCAAGUGCUGGAGAAUCUGGUGCACUGCGCCGACCUGUCCAAUCCGACCAAGCCGUUGCCGCUCUAUCGACGAUGGGUGAGCCUACUGAUGGAGGAGUUCUUCCUGCAAGGCGAUCGCGAGCGCGAGCAGAACAUGGACAUCAGUCCUAUGUGCGACCGGCACAGCGCCACCAUCGAGAAGUCGCAGGUCGGCUUCAUCGAUUACAUCGUGCAUCCGCUCUGGGAGACCUGGGCGGACCUAGUGCACCCGGACGCGCAGGAUAUCUUGGACACGCUGGAGGAGAACCGCGAUUGGUACCAAUCCAUGAUACCGCCCUCGCCACCGUCGGACGACCAACAGCAACCGACGAAUGAGAAUCAGCAACAGCAGUCGGACAGGAUACACUUCCAAGUGACGUUGGAGGAGGGUGACGAGACCGGCGAGACUGUGGAGGGUGGCGAUAGCGGGCCCGGCGGAGGUGGCGGCGGCGGUGUUGGCGAGUUUUUUAGUGAGGACGGGGGCGGUGAGACGGAGGAGAACGCCGCGGAGGCUGGGAUGUGACGGAGGCUCGCCGGUAUUUGCAGGAAGCUCCACGAGAAGGUGCAGCAGACCUGGUGGCGUGUGCGUCAGUGACAUUCGCACCUAGCCGCGCCUAGCCGGUCUCUUUGUAUCGACCUAUUAUUGAUCGCCCUCGGCUAGGAACGCCGCGCCGGGAAUACGGUGGGAGCCGUCUGGACGGGCGAAGAUGAGAAGAUCGCGUGCCGACGAUGCUGACUAGAUUGUCGUCGGUGCGACGCGUCAACGGGGACGACGGGCAAGAGUCGCUUUGCUGUCGCCCGAGGAACGCUCUGGAUAGCUUUGGACGCGAGGAGGAGCCGCAUCAUGAUCGCCGCGCUUCGGCUGGACCGACAGCAGCGGGACGUGAGAGCGAAGUCUCGAUUCGUCGUCGUCGUCGUCGUCGUUGUCGUCGAGCGAACGAUUUCGAUACGUUUGUUGUACCGUAAUGCUAAAGAAGCGGACUCUCUCGACGGUCGCAUCUCAUUGAAUACUAUCAAUCCGGGAGGGGCGAAUCUCUUCACAAAGUACCUGCGCAAAGAAAGCGAAGCUGUCUGCGAUAUAUCGAGUGUGGGCGGCGAGACGCUCUUUUUUUCUCUCUCACACACAUACAUACGUACGUAGAAGAGGAGGAGGAAGAGGAGGAGAAAAAGAAGGAAGAGGAGGAGGGGGAGAAUGAUGACGACGACAAUUUGGUCGUGAGAUUCGAGCAAAAGGUCGGAGGUCGCCGUCGAAGACUGGAGGAAACCUCUUUUCUAGAACAUGCAGGAUCCUCAACAACAUAUCAACAAUGUACGAUAUAAUGGAUUCUAGCGGAAACAUAUUAACGAAACCACUUGGAGCAGUCUCCGUCUUCUUCUUGGACGUUUCGAGCAGCAUACGCGAAUCAUCGAUACACACACACACACACGCACAUAAAACUGUCAUUCGAGACAGCUUAUUUAUAUUAGAAGAUUACGAGUAAACUCACCGAUUCGUUUUCGACUCUUGCGUCACAACACGAUGUAAACAUUGCAAAUUUAACAGCUCGUUACAUUUUGGCGGUCCAACAUUUCGCGAGCGAUCGAAACGUCCGUCGAUAGUCGCUAUUCAGGAUGCAGUACACGCGAUGUCGACCAAAUACGCCGGGCUUGUUUGGCGCCGCGCGUUACUCGGAGCGCACGACACACGUCGGGAAGAAACAGGCGCCGAAACGGAGACAAAUUAGACGGAAGGAGAGGAGACUCAGUUAGGCGUUCAUCCUUUUGGUUCUUCGGCGGUUAUGCGAUAGUUCGGUUAGUCACCUAAUUACCGGUAGGGAAAGAGAGAGAGAGAGAGAGAGAAGGAUACCUGUCUUUAAUCGUAAGAUUUCGUCAUGCUCGCUUAGUAGACGUAGGGAAGUUCGUAAACUGAAAAUGAGAAUCAAGAAGUAGCCGCGUGUCUAUAAAGGAAACGCUAGUGCAACACGUAGAGUAUUAUCCACCACCUAUGAUUUAAGGCGUAACAAGGGAGACGAGGAGGAGCAGGAGGAAGGUUCGAUGAGCACAAAUAGCACAGGAGAUAUUGAGAGACGAGAAGACGAUUAAUUUUAAUGCGCGACUACACCGAGAGCUGGCCUCUCAAGUUUGCGUUAAAAUUAAUUAUCGCAGCACGAGACGUUGUUUUCUCGCGACACACAGCAAACAAACACACACGACUCACUCAUACGCACACAUGUACACAAACACACACACAUACGCAAAAAUACACACGACAGACAAGGCGGACGCAAUACGUACUGCAACAACAACGCGGGGCAAGGAAUCCUGUCGAUAGUUGUUUAACCAAAGAGUAAUAUAAGUGAUUGUCGUUAAGUCGACGAGCGUGCCGUUCACCAAUACGUCUUCUGGCGACGAGUGUUCUAGCGGCGUUAGAAAACGUCCUGGAAUCUUUCGCGUGGAGCGGGACGAGGAGGAGGAGGAGGAAAGAGUCCUCAUCGCGGACAUGCCCGCGAAACCGCUCGAACCACUCGCUGAUCCGUUCGACGCUCGCAGCGCGAUCGCUCCGAUUGCAAGCAGGACUGAAAAUCCGUGCGAAAUCGCCGCUCGAGCGUCCAACGGCCGUCGUCGCCGCGCUUUUCUUCGAUGUACAUGUACAUCGACGUACAAAAUCGAGCCAACGUCCGAUUCCACCGAAACGCGUGGACUGGUUCCUUCCAUAUUAUUGUUUUCUGUUCCUCGCGUCGAGCUGCACGUCGUCGCAUCGGUGAUACGCACCGAUAUAUGUAACGUAUCACCGAUUGGGCAGUUGAAUUGCGCAUCUUUCGGCGAGAGAUUGUGUACCGCGGAUCAACCUAAGACACGAGAAGAGCAACGUUACGUUACCUCCGAGUCGCGAGCUUGCUAUCGAGCGCGAUAUUCUGCGUGUCAGGAUAGGGAAGAUGCGAUUCUCGACGUGCGAGAUUCGACGCGGCGACGGCGACGGCGGUGGUGGUGACGGUAGCGGUGACUUGGGCUCACAUAAUCGUACGUUUCUUAAUUACAUUAAAGAAAUUAAUCUAAUCACACGUGAAGGAGAAAGAGAGAAGAAGAGAAAAUAGAAAAUUCAAGAAAAAGAAAAAAAAAGAAAACUACGGAGAAAGCAAAAUCUCUAUCUGUGUCGUAGGCAGUGAUCUAGUGAGUGUUUUGGUGCUGGCCACCAAGCUUAAUGUAUACAAGAAUCCGAGGAAUACGCGAUUACAUAUUAUUAAGCCGUGGAAGAAUGGAGGGGAGUUAAGUUAAACGAAAUUCUUUAGGGCGUAAGCAACGAGGUUAUAAUGAUAAUGAUAAUAUUAAUGAUAACGAUGUAAGUAAUAUUGAUAUAGUAAUAAUAACGGUAAUCGGUAAGAAGAGAGAGAUGAUGUACCGAUUAACUAAUUAACAUUAACGAUAACACUCGCUGCGCAAGCGUACACACGUGAUUUGAAACAGUCGUCGUUUGUACGUGGACGGCAAAAGAAGGAAAAAGGAAGAGAAGGAGGAGGAUGAAUAGGAGGAGAAGAAGAAGUAGAAGAAAGAAAAGGAUGACGACGAUGACGAGUGUUAUCGAUGAUGUACCUCUUGCACUGACACCGAGUUGGACUCGGCGAAAGUAUUCGACUAGGCGGCGAUCUUUUUAGUUGUUUUAGCGACCGCGUCGAUUGUAUCAUUGACGAGCGUUUAAAGCGCACUCGUCCCGACGUUUUCUCGUUGCUCGUCUCGAUGGAUCUCGCGAGUGUGCGCAGGUACAAAGACAAAGCACGCGCGACAAAUGCGUACCCUCUUAUAACUCAUACGGUCUGUCAAUUUUUCGCUGAGAGAGAGAGAGAGAGAGAGAGAGAGAGAGAGAGAGAAAAUGAGAAAAAGCCAAAACACAGGAUAUCGGAGAAGGGGGGAAACAGAAAGAGAAUCGAAGAGAAAAAUUCCAUGAGAAUGCGCCGAGAAAUUAGCGGUUUUAUGGUUUCUUUUGGGGUUUACUCGAGUGUGUUUUCAGGAUUGCUCUGAUAAUGAUGUUUCGCAAAGUGUGACGAAUCGCGAUGAUUCGAUGAGAUGGGCAAUAAUACUUAGGAUACGAUAGGACGCUGAUGGUAAUGUUGUGAUGAUGAUAAGGAAGAAAAAUAAAAAAUACCUGUUUGAUUGCUGGCAGUUAAAUGAACAUGUAUUAAUAUCGUGUAACCCUCGUACGAGAUAUAUGUGUAAUAAAACAUAUUUAUUGUCGGAGA